CUCCUCCUUCCAUUUCCGUUACUCCCCCAACUCCUCUCCUCAGAUCUCGCCUCGCCUCCAAACCCUAGCUCCACCCUCCUCCUCCCCCUCCGAUCCGGCAGCGGUGGCUCCCGCGGCGGCGAUGCGGGGUUCCAUCGCGACCUACCGGGAGAGCCUCUCCCGCCUCGCCGGCGAGGUCGACGACGCCGCGGCCGACGAGGCGGAGCCCCAGGCCUCCGCCGCGUCGUCGCCCCCAGCGCGGGGCGCAGCCGAUCGCUCCCACACGACGCCGCCCUCGUCCGGGCGGCGGAGGCGCUACUCCGCCUCCGCCUCCUCCGCCGCCGCCGCCCGCCCCGACCCCGCCGAGCCCGACGAGGUUUCUAAACUCAAAGAAGAUAUUCAAAAGCUUCAAGUUUCAGAAGCUGAAAUAAAGGCAUUGUCCUUCAAUUAUGUUGCGAUGUUGAAAGAAAAGGAGGAACAACUGGGAAAACUUCGUGAAGAAAAUGGCUCAUUAAAAAGAAGUCUGGAGAGUUCAAAAGCAGUUUCAGCCAAUUCUAAUGGUGCUUUGGAAAGAUCCCCUCGUGGAGUGCAAAGAAACACAGUUCAAGAUAAUCCAUUGAAUGUCUCAAAGCAAAAUGGAUAUGGUGGUGGUGCUUCACAGGGUAUCCAGCCAAAUGGCUUGCACUCAAUGACAGGGCAUCGCAAGGUAGCAGACAUCUCGGAAGGGGACCGAUCUUUCUUUGCUGCUAAACAGGCUAGCCUUGAAAAUGAGAUCAAGCAAUUGAAAAAGCAACUUAGUGAUAAUUCUGAGAAAGAAACUGAAACAAAAAGGAGGUUAGAGGAUGAACACAAGCGGAAUGAAUUGCUUCAGCAACAGCUAAAUGAACUAAAUGUCAGCAAAGAGAGGAUUUCAACUAACAUGGAAGAGCUACACAAUGAGUUGAGUGAGAAGGAGGCAAAGUUGAGACGCUUGCAAGAGGAUUUGAGUAGAAGGGAAAAAGAGCAUGUAUCAGAUGCUUCCCUUCAGAGCCUAAGAAGUAUGGUGAUGGCUUUACAGAAGGAGAACUCAGAUCUAAAGAUAGAGAAGAGCAGGCUCGAGGCAGAUCUUGUGAGGAAGAAAAGUACCUCACAAAUAAAUGAAGUUGGUACAUCAGAUGUUAAUGGGAUUUCUGAUGUGGAAAAGGUUAAGGAAGAAAUGGCUUCAUUGAAGAAAUCAUUACAUGAUGCUUCCUAUGAACGAGACAAAGCAGUUCAAGAUUUGGCUCGGUUGAAACAGCAUUUGCUAGAUAAGGACCUUGAGGAUCAAGAAAAGAUGGAUGAAGAUAGCAAACUCAUUGAAGAACUGCGGGCAAUCUGUGACCAGCAAAGGGCUCAUAUAGUGCAGUUAGAAAGGGCUUUGAAGUUUGAGAUGGCGAAGCAGGAGGAGAGCAAGAAAAUCAUUAGUGAAGAACACCAGAGGUCAAAUGAACAAAUAACAGAUUUGAAAUACAAGCUUGCAAACUGUAUGAAUGCCCUUGAAUCAAAAAACCUGGAAUUGCUAAAUCUGCAGACUGCCCUUGGACAGUACUAUGCUGAGAGUGAAGCCAAGGAACGGCUUGGAGGUGAUUUAGCUAUGGCCAGGGAAGAAUUGGCUAAAUUGUCAGAGUCAUUGAAGGUGGCAAAUCAAGCAAUUGAAAUUUCAAGAAGAGAAAAGGAAGAGGUAGCUGCCAGGCUUUCACAAGUGGAGGGGAUGUUGGCAGAUGGGAAGCGCUCCAUGCAGAAGCUUGAAAAUGACAAUUCCAGAUUACGACGAGCGCUGGAACAAAGCAUGACAACGCUCAAUAGGAUGUCACUCGAUUCAGAUAAUUCUGUUGACAGGCGCAUUGUGAUUAAACUACUGGUCACUUACUUCCAGCGGAAUCACAGCAAAGAGGUUUUGGAUCUUAUGGUUCGCAUGCUUGGUUUCUCUGAGGAAGACAAGCAAAGGAUUGGUUUUGCACAAAGUAAUGCUGGCAAGGGUGUUGUCCGGGGUGUUUUGGGUCUUCCAGGACGCUUAGUUGGAGGCAUUGUUGGCGGAAAUUCAGCAGGCAAACCUACUCAAGCAUCUCAGGACAACCAGUCAUUUGCGGAUCUAUGGGUGGACUUCCUGCUCAAAGAGACGGAAGAAAGGGAAAAACGAGAAGCAUCCGAAACUGCAAGGCUGUCGCAGGAAGAGAACCAGACUGCCAGCACCAGCAACGCAUCAAGCGCGCAACCAUCAGGGCAUAUCUCCAACCAAGCACCUGGCCCUUCCACAAGCCAUCACAUGUUCGGUCGUCAAGACACCGAAUUUGCAACGGUUCCACUCACAUCCUCAACAUAUACCUCCACACAGACUCCAUUCUCAAGACCACCCCAAAGAUGAUUGUGAUCAACUGUACAGUAUCAGAUGCCUUUUUCUUCAAAGCGUGCAUCAUGAUGUAAGCUAUUCGUUUCAUUUGUUGACAAUGUUAUGAUAUAGCCAAAUUCAAAGUUACCCCCUCAUUUUUUGUUCCCCUUCAUCUUCCCGGGAUGUAAAGAUGUCAUAUGUAAAUGGACUCCUAUCGUUCUACAGAAAAUGGAGAUAACAUAUUGCCAGAGUAUAUGAUUCUGCAAUUGAAACGUUUUUGUACCCCUGUUCUGAUAUAUACAAGCUAGAAUCUGUUUGCACU